GGAGCGUCCAGACGGGCGCCCGGGUCUCGCACCAGAACUAGGCGCGCCCUUUGAAGAAAGAAACUGUCGCGGUAGAGUCAUGGUGGGGCCCGGCCCCGCUGCCAGCGCAGCCGCGGAAGAACGGUGGCAGAAGCUCCAGGAGUACCUGGCAGCCAAGGGAAAGCUCAAGGACCCCAACACCAAGCCUUAUCUAAAAGCCAAGAAUCUCUGCCCCAAACCACCAUCGUCUAAAUAUACUCCUGGACCUAAAAAAGAUGUUUCCAAUCAUGUUGUUUUACCUGACAAAACUACAAGACCCAUCAAUAUUAAAUUCCAGACUAAACCAGCCGGUAUCACAGGGUCCCAGAAGCCAGAGUUGAAGGCACCAAAACUUCCAAGCAACGGGCUCACGUCAAGAUGUUUUUCUUCUAACUCAGACUAUAAACAGUCCAGCAAGCCUCAGCAGCAACAUAAAGCGGUGUCAUCCACUGCAGGACUGUCAAGAAAACCCAGGCAGGCCCCUGAUACACAGGAAUUCAAAACCAAAAAGCAACAGGAAGCACAUCGAGGAAAUGCUAAAUGUACAGAUCCCGUGGCUAAUACCCAUGCUGAAAAGCAAUCUUUGGAUGGCUUUCUAGAUGAAACGAACAAAGAAAACUUACCCCAAACCUUGCCAAAACCUGAGAAGCCAGAUCCUGACUUACAUUCUGUAAGAAAGCCAAAUACUGGCUCUUCUAAUCAAACUCAGAGAAGUCUGGCUCCUAAACAGAUCGUGGGUAAGAGUUCAGUUACUCAUACUGCUCUGAAAGACAGAGCUAACCAACAGUUCAUUAGAAAGACACAAAUCAGAGCUCAACCGGCAAAGUCUCAGCGACUCCCUACAGUUGCAGAUUCUGCACGACCAAGAGAAAAACCCCCACAAACAGGUCCCUCUCACUCCGUUCCAGUCCAUAAUAAGACUCAGACAUCAAAGAAACCAGUGAUCAAGAACACACAGGAUAUAACGGUUAACAGGGUUAGAUAUGGAAAACCAAAUGAAACUAAGGUACAGUCAUGUCCUGCUAUUGAACAGAAAGUAAAACAUACUAAACCUAGUUCCCAUCUUAAUGUGCUUCAGGGAGGAUAUAACAGUAGACAUCCCAACUUGAAACAGGAUCGGAAGCCUGUACAGCCUUGUCUUGGACCCCAGACAUCAUGCAGUCUGCAAAAAUCAAGAGCCAUAAGCCAGAGGCCUAACUUGACAGCUAGCAACUUAAAUUCAGUCAUUCCAAGCACGCCUAAUAUAAGAGCAAAUAAAACACUUAACAGUAAGUAUAAUAACAUCUUUCAACAGAAAGCACAGACAUUGGACUCCAAGUUCAAAAAGUUUCCUCCCCAAAGCCAUUUUUUGAAUAAGACUGCUCCCAGGACUCAAGCCAGCACAGCAGCUGCAAGUAGGAAGGGAGCCCCGAGUGCGACCCAGACUCACCCACGUGUUAAACAACCAGAAGCAGAGGAUCGGAGGAAACAGCUGGAAGAAUGGAAGAAAUCUAAAGGGAAAACUUACAAACGACCUCCCAUGAAAUUUAAAACAAAAAGAAAAGUCAUAGAGGAAAUGAACACUUCCUUCUGGAAGAGCAUUGAAAGAGAAGAAGAAGAAAAGAAAGCUCAGCUGGAGCUGUCCAAAAAAAUCAACAGCACUCUGACUGAGUGUCUGAGGCUCAUUGAAGAGGGUGUACUUCCUAAUGAAAUAUUUGCCAUAGUGUCCAGUAUUCCUGAGGCUGAAAAAUUUGCCAAGUUCUGGGUGUGCAAAGCAAAGUUAUUGGCAAGUAAAGGCUCCUUUGAUGCUAUUGGACUGUACCAAGAGGCCAUUCAGAAUGGGGCAGCACCAAUACAGGAGCUGCAGGAAGUUCUGAACAUUAUGCAAGAUACAAGCAGAAGCACAGAAGCAGUCACCUCUGACACCUCAGCUGCUGGAACUAAUACCACAUCGGCAGAAGAGCUGGCCAAGGAGGAGGAAUCUGAGCAGCCUUGCCCACCUCUAACAGAAACGGAGCAGGUGGCAGCAACAGCAAGGAUUCCCAAGGCAGAGUGGGACAACCCUGGUAUCAAAUUACAGGUUGCCCCCAUCCCCAGAAUAUGUGGAAUGCCAGAAGUGCAGGACAUGAAGCUCAUCACUCCUGUGAGGCGCUCAGCGAGGAUCGAGCGGACGGUGGCGCGCUACCCAGAAAUGCUGCAGGAGCAUGACGUGGUCGUGGCUUCUCUUAACGAGCUCCUGGAAGUGGACAAAACAGAGUGCUUCAUCUUCCGUGAAAAUGAGGCUUUGCCUGUGACACUGGGCUUUGAAAUCCUUGAAUCAUGACCUUUUGAUAUUUGUGGUUUUUGUUUUGUUUGUAAGAUAACCUGAAAUAAAUGUGUACUGAGACACAUUGACACAGAUGAUAGACUCUUGGGUGUCAGAAGUAAUGCAUUGCGUUUACUCUCAGAUUGUAUAUUCCCAUGAGAAAACUUUUGGUUCAUGUAUUUGUUAUAUACUUUAUGAUAGUUUUACAGUACACAUAAAUUUCAGAAUAUCAAAUAUUAAUUUAUCUCAAGUGUAAUAGGAAAAAAAAGUUCACACUUUGCUGAUCUUCUAUAAUCCUAUUGUAGUUAUUCUUUGUACCCAAAGGUUGGUACUGUGGUGUGAUGGACUGACUCUUGGCAUCCACCCUACCCUGGAGGGCGAGUUCCUAGAGUACAAGGAUUUGACUUUUGACACCAGCUCACCAGGCUGGAAAGUCAAACUCCAGACAUUACAGAGAAGUUUGUACUAGCCACAUCUCCACUCAGAUCCCAGAAGAUAUUUGUAGAGACCUUUGACUUCCAUCACAGUGACCCUAGAGAUGAGGGUGACACUUGUCCUCUCUUGGUGGGUUUCCUCUAAUGAAGCACAAUCCAGAACUGAGGCGGCAGCCCAGGUUUUAUUUACAAUCCUCCUUUUGCACAUGUUAUUGAGAAAUGCUUCAAGUAAGGACCAAAGUGGGCACAGAACUUGCUGCAUCCAUCCCUUUUCUGCCAGAGGACUGACAGCCUGAGGAAGCCACAAGCACCCCAGAGACUACAGCAGGGGAUUUGGGCAACUGCUCUUAGAAAGGAAAAACAGUUGUUUUGUAAAUAUAACAGAAAAGCCUAGUUGUUACAUGUUUAAAUCUUAGCUUUGUUACUAUGAUUACUAAGUACUAAGUAAUAUCUAAAAUAAAAACCACUGACUGUUCA